AGACACAGAACGAGCAUGGUAAAAUACACAACGGCGUCGUCUAAAAUCGAGAAAGUGCGUUUAUUAAUCGACCUGUGUUUUUGGACGUUUUUCUCUUUUCUCUCGAAAGCAUGCAUGUUGAGCAACUAUGCUUCCCUGCGUCCAUGCUUUUCGUCUCAGAUGCUAAUCAGUUACGCGCACAUCAUGGAAUCUCUGUUUUCAUUUGAUGUAUUUUUUUCCAAACGGCCUUGGUGUGUAUGAAUCUGAAGUGGAAUCAGUUCGGCAAUGCAUACAAUGUGUUUGAGAAAAUACUGGUGAGAGAUUUGGCUGCUUCGGAAUUUUGUUGGUUGUGGGUGGGUUUUUGUUGAUCAGUCCAUUUUUCUUAAUUUAAGUUUUUAUCCAAUUAUCUUUUGUUGAAAAUGCUGAACAGUAUAAUUUCUCAUUUCUUAUUCCCUUCACGUGUAAUUUUGCAACAAUUCUCCUAUAACCCAAGUAGAUGUUUUCUCUAUCAUUUCUCUUCUCUAUCUUCAACCGCCACAACUACAAGCUCAAACUCAGACCUUGUCAUAUGCCUGAUUAAUAUCUACAAACUUUCCAAAAUACAAGCUGUCUCCAUCUCUAAUCGCUUCUCAUCGAUUAAGUCCCCUAAUAAGCCCCAGUUAGUUCACAAAUUUUUUCUAGAGAAAGGAUUCUCUAAAACCCAUAUACAGUCUAUGGUCCUUGUGUCAUCCCAGAUCUUGUUUGCUGAUGUUAACAAGACCCUCAGACCAAAGGUUGAGGUUUUUCAGCAGCUUGGAAUAGAGGGCUCUGAAUUGGGUAAAUUCAUUUCUAAGAAUCCAACUGUAUUGACUCGUAGUUUGAAGAAAAAAUUAGUGCCCUGUAUUGAGAUUCUUAAGAAGUUUUUUGGAGAUAAUGGAAACAAUAAAGACUUCAUUCGGAUUCUCAGUUGCAGAUGGAAUUUGUGGAACCCACAAAGGUUGUUGGCCAACUGUACUUUUCUGGAGAGUUGUGGGAUUAUUGGUCCUCAGCUUGCUUUGAUAAUGAAGAGGCAACCUCAUAUCUUUACUCUGCAAGAUUCUAAACUUAGAGAGCUUGUUUCAAAGGUUUCGGAUAUGGGUUUUACGAAAGGCUCUAAAAUGUUUCCCCAUGGACUCUAUGCAGUCAGUGGUAUCCGUGAUGACGCAUGUAAGAAAAAGUUGGACUUGAUUUGCAGUUUCGGUUUUUCUGAAGGUGAAAGUAAAGAGAUGUUUAGACGAUCACCACUUUUGUUUAGAACCUCCCCUGAGAAAUUGAAAUUUGGAAUUGAUUUUUACUUGAACACAGUUAAGCUUAAAAGGUCAAUGUUGAUUCACGCACCAUGGAUAUUGAUGUCUAGCAUGGAGAAACGGGUAAUUCCUCGGUACAAGGUUUUACAGCUUUUGAAGUUGAAAAGGCUAUUCAAGAGAGAGCCGAGUUUUUACUCUAUGGUGUUGCAUACAGAGGCUGAGUUCUUGCAAAACUUUAUAUUCAGGUUUAAAGAUGAUGCAAAUGAGCUCCUGGAAGCUUACAUGGGUCAUUUGUCAAAUUCCAGUGAAGAAGAAGACAAGUCUUAAUUCAAGUUUACAUCUCUCAAUGUUCUAGUAAGAUUGCAAUACGGCUUCUGAUUAUGGCACACACUCGAAUUUGAUGAUUCAUUUGGACCAAAAUUAUACUUAUGUAGGAAGUCUGAACUUUUUCCCACCAAGAUUUUUUUGGUUUAGUUUUGAACUUUUACAUCAUCUAAUUUAAUUAUGAACCUGAGCAGUUAUGAAUGCGUCCAUGUUAUGCAUUUGUUGCCUUCCGAGAAUGUACACAUUACUUUCAUCUGGGGGUGCUUUGAUGUAUGUUAUGUACGACAUUAUGGAGGAUCAGAUUCAGAGGCCAUUUUCAAGUUACCAUGAUCA